GUAGGAGGUCUCGGAUGGCCCCACACAAAGGCGCCGACAAACAUGAAGUCUUUCAUAAUGUCAUUGUUUCUCCUGGUUAAUGCUGUCAGAUCUGCCCCGGGUACUGCCGUCCCGCCGACAAGCGCGCACCCCAAACUCGUGCGGACGUUCUCGGGAUUGAGCAUUGCAACUGCCGUCGCAGGCAUCGCGUUCUGGGUACUUUUCAGGCGCUAUAACGAUACCGAGGAGGAGAUGAAUGCU